GUUGGGUGUUCUUUGGCUUUAUUUGAAAAAGUAGGAAACCCCAGGGUGUGCCAUGCAGUGAUGAUUCACUUUCACUUCUGUUCUGACUCUCAACAGGAGAACACACAAACACUAAACCACAGUGCUUGCUGCAUUUUUAUUACCACAUUGCUUCUUCUACUGCAGACACAAUAGACAGCCAUCAUGUCUGUGGUCAUAUCCGGUCUGUCUGAAGAUCAGCAGAAGAAGCUGUACUCUCUUCUGGGUCAUGUCAGACUCCACCUGCUCUAUAAAGCCAGCGUCCACGGCUUCACUGCUGCUGCUUUCCACAGCCACUGUGACAAACAGGGGGCCACUGUCAUUGUUGCCUACAACGCUGCCGGGUUUGUUUUUGGAGCUUACACCUCUAAGGACUACACCCAGUGCGGAGAGGACAUCAAGGACGAGACGGCUUUCCUGUACAGCAUCAGUGCAGAGGGAAACAAGCCACUGAGGGUGGCAGGCAUCAGCGGACAGUGUGCCUUCACAGAUGGAGCCACUGGUCCAAAUUAUGGCGCUCUGCUGUUCCUGCAUGAGGAUGGACCUGCAGUCCAGUCCAAGCCAGGGACGGGUUUCCACUUUCAGGCAGCUGCAAUGCAUGGAGGAGACUUAGCACUGACUGAGUUUGAGGUGUAUCGAGUUGAAGGUUUGGGAGAUCUCCUGGCCAAACCCUGGAGGAACAUCCAGUGGACUGCUGAGAGAAAGCAGCAGUUGAUGAACAGCAUCCUGAACUAUAAGUCUUGCAUCAAAACAGUUAAUCAGGCCAGGGUGUUGUUGGUGGGUCCAGUUGGGGCUGGCAAGUCCAGUUUCUUCAACUCCAUCAACUCAGCGUUUCGAGGCAACAUGACGUCCCAGGCCAUCGCGGGUACAGCAGGGACAAGUGUGACCACUCAGUUUCGCACUUACACCAUCAAGGCAGGGAAAGGUGGUGGAGCUCUUCCUCUGAUCCUGUGUGACACAAUGGGGCUGGAGGAAAAUGCUGACACUGGUUUGGACAUUGAAGACUUGGUCAACAUCCAUAAGGGGCACAUCAAGGAUCGCUACCAGUUUAGUCCCUCUGCUCCUCUCUUGGAUAGCACUCCUGGCUACAAGAGGCAUGUGACCCUGAGUGACAAGAUUCACUGUGUGGUUUAUGUGGUUGACACCUGCAAGGUUUCUCUCCUGACCCAAAAAAUGCUGGACAAGUUUGCCACCAUCCGUAAAAAGACCAACCAGCUGGGCAUUCCUCAGAUACUUCUGAUGACCAAAGUAGAGGAGGCCUGUCCGCUAGUGGCAGAGGACUUGAAGAAUGUUUAUCGCAGUGUUUACAUCCAGAGGAAGGCACGCCAACUGAGUGAGUCUCUCGGCAUCCCCUUGACCUGUGUGCUGCCAGUGAAGAACUACAGCGAGGAGCUGGAUCUGGACCAGGACACUGACAUUUUGCUCUUCACUGCUGUGGAGCAGAUGCUGAACUACGCAGAUAGCUUCUUUGAGAAUCUUGAUACUGAGGAUCAGGAGGUGAAUGACAACCUGGAGCUCUACAGAUCCAGUGAUCAUCCAGCCCCCAUCUUAUCAAGACAUGCUGAACAAAAAAUCAUGUGAAAGACAGAAUAUUGUCAUUUCUCCAAACCUUACACUGAGGUCUGACAUCUUUCAAAGAAAGUUGUUUGAAAGAUGCUUCUGAUCUUUCCCGCAGUCAGCCACUAGAUGUCAGUCAUAACUUCAUAAUCACUGGUGUCCAGUUAUGGAAACUUGGGACGUUAUGAAAAGGUGUGGAUCCUGUUGCACAACUGUUUUCCUAAUGGUCAAACCUAUUCAAUAAGUAAAUGUUUUAUCAGUAGAUUUGUACUGAGGAGUUUCUUUAUGAUCACAUGUUUUGAGCACUUAAAUGUCACAUACAUCACAAAGUCAGAAUGACAAAGCAAAUGUACUUCUGUGUUGUGUAAAGUCAUCACAAAAACCAAACAAAUAAACCCACGAGCCCACAUGACAAAUAA